AUGCCCAAUCAAAACUCGGCCUUGAAAAAUGAUUUGAUUCAAGAAGAGAAAGUGAAAGAUUGUUUACCUACGAUAAUCGCAUCGACAUCUUCCAAUCCAAUUGCUGAUAUCAUUCGAAGACGAAUAGGUCUGGUAGGCCUCAAUGUUAUCAGCGAGAUAUAUUAUAGCAAUCCUCUAGUGAAGACAAUCAGUGCUCAAAUGGAUCUUACAUCCAUCGUUGAUACUGUAUUCCAAUUGUCUUACGGCGAGAUUACGGAAAUUUUUGUUUGGUGUCUCUUUUGGACUGUUGGGGUUCCAAAUAUGGUAAAACAUCAAUAUGGCUCAGAUGAAGAAUAUUCGGCUCUUACGAGUGUAUUCAAAUGUUUAAUUUGCAUCGGCACAACUGCCGAUGCGCGGAUGUGUCCGAAUUGCUCCAAGCUCUUUUGUUUUGGGUGCAUUCGCAGGUGGAUUACUCAGAUCAAAACAGAAUGUCCUCACUGCAGAUCCUAUUUGGCAUUGGACAAUUUAAUCAAUUGCAGAUUUGCAAAUGAUGUUGUUCAACAACUGGACAGCCUCAAAGUCGACGUUAAAACUUCGUGUUCAUUAGGCAAUGCUGAUAUAUGUGAGGCUCACCAUGAACGUUUGACUGUUUUCUGCUCCACUUGCGAUCACGCAAUAUGCCACAAAUGCGCACUCUUUGACGGUCGUCACGGAGAUCAUAAUUUUCGCCCUCUAGAUGAAGUAUAUAAGGAACAUUUAGAGAUUGUCAAGAAUGAAAUGGAAGCUUUGAGCAACAGACGCAGGGAAAUUCAAGCUCUUUUAAAAGAAAUUGUUAGAAAUACCAACACUUUGAAUUUGAAAAAGGAGAACCGUGUUGAGGAGAUUAAAUCCUAUUUUGAAAUUCUCCUUUUUCGUCUUGAAUCAACUCAUAGGAAGAAACUUUCUGCUCUAAACGCUCAUCAUGGUCAUUUGAGGCAGGCAAGUAAGUCUCCAGAUCUCACCUCUAUACAAAAUGAAGAUGAAGAGUAUUCAAUUCUUGACCAAUAUCCAGCUCAUAACUUGCUUGUACUGAAAAAGCGUAGUUUGUUAAAUGUUAAGUUUUCCACUAGUGUAAAUCGAAUUCGGUCUCUUAUUGCCGUAUAUUUGGCCAAUUUUCUUGUUCUCGAUCGACUAGAGAAAGGAGCGGGCUACAUCUAUCGGUUCCCGAUUGAAGAAGAGUUGCUGACCUCCCUGGUAAAUGAGGUGGAAUCUCAGCUGAAGGUGAUCUCACCUUCAAGUCUCAUAAAUCGAUCUUCCGCGCUUUCUGCAAUGUUCUCAGAGGUCCACAAUACUCCAAUGCCCAGGUUAAAUGUCGAUCCGAAUACUUACGACUUACCAAGGUAUCUUUUAGCCUUUAUUUACUUAAAACUUACCCACUCUACAUAUGAUUACCUAUCUUUAUUGUGUGAUGAUCAUUAUUUAUUUCAACCUCGGUAUAAUUGUAUGGUAGAAGAUAUCUGGAUGCGUGAAGAAUUGCUCUCAUCUCUCAACUUUAGUGAAUUGUCGCCUCAAUUGUCAACAGGCGAGUUCGUAAUCGAGAACUUCAAUAGAGUCCGACAGCAAGUUGAACCUCUCUACAGUCCACCCCUGGAGCGAGAUGGAAUAGUCUGGCGACUGAAGGUCUACCCCAAUGGCAACGGUGCAGUUCGUGGUGAGUACCUCUCGGUAUUCCUCGAAAUGACCACCGGUCGAUCCGAAGCCUCAACGUACGAAUAUUCCAUUCAACUCGUGCACCAAGGCCCGCCUCCUGUCAGUGCCAAGUGCAUUACACGUGAAUUUGCAUCAGAUUUUGCAGUGGGAGAGUGCUGGGGCUAUAAUAGGUUUAUUCAAGUCCACCUACUGGAAGCUGAAGACUACAUUUCAAGGACAAACGAUACCCUCCGGUUUAAGUAUAUGGUUCGCCCACAUUCCUACGAGGUGCAGUGUCGUGAUUUGCGCUGGAGAGUUGAGCAAUUGGAACAGGAGAAACUUCAGUUGAAAGAAAAAGCCAAGGAAUUGGAGUCAAGUUCAAGCAAUAGUUGUAAUAAUAAAGGACUCUCUUCACCGCCUUCUGCUUCGGUAAGAGCUGGCGAUAACGUUGACCUAUCGUCGGAUACUGAUGAGCACGACAAUGACAUUGACGAUGAGACUAUUCCUUCAUUUAAUUCUGACCGCUCCCCUGAAGCGUCUCCUGAUAAUGGAUCUCUUACGUGCUGUAAUGCCGGUCUUCAAUUGUGGCCGAGAUCUUAUGCUGCUUAUGCAUUAAACCUUGCUGUCUCUCAUAAUUCUUUUUACUCGUCCCAACUGCAGCCUCUAGGAGACAGUCCGGGAGAAGUAGGAUCCAAAAGCAAACGAUGCAGCCUUCCGAAGCCCUUAGCGCAGGUACCCCAAUCCUCCAAUUCUCAAGCUGAUCACGCCAACGAUCAAGUCAUUGUUGAAGGAAAUCGUAACCCUCCCCUAAUUGAUUCAUUUGAAAGUGAUGACAAUGAGGUAAAUGACAUUGAUAUAAGCAGUAGUAGCACUUCAACUGAUGGCCUCCGUAUUGAAUCCUACUUCAUUGAAGAUUACGAGGAGGGAGAAGGGGAGGAAGAUGCAGAAUUUUCUCCUCAUGAUGGGGAAGAGGAUGAAGAAGAUUCUGAAGGAUUUUCUCCUUUGAUUACUCAAAGAAAUGGAAGUAAUUCGCUUGAUGAGUAUUCAAGCGACCCAAUAAUUUCGAACACUGGUCAAAUUACGCGUCAACCAUUUCGCCGCGUUACCUCAUUCGAUCACCAACGCUGGGAAUAUCUGAACCAAGAUAUUAAUCAGAGGCCCUCUUUAAGAGGACAUGAAAAUGGACUAGUAGAUACUCAGGGAGUUAGACAAUCAAAUGAAAGUUUCUACGAUCUCCUCAGGCGAUUACAAGAUCGCCGACAAGUGCGCUCAAGAGGUAGUUUUCUGAGCGACCGCUUCGAAUACCUCUUCACGGAUCUCCAGGAUGCUGAACCCCUUCUGGUAGAUCGGAGGAGAAAUCAAAGAAGACGUCCUACCUCCGCGUCCUAUCUUCCACAAUCCUCUGCGUUUAGACCUCGGUCUUCCAAUGAACGAAUUAUGGGAAGACUAGAAACGGACCUAUUUCAAUCUAUCAGCUCCCCUCCUUCCAAUGGAGAACCUAUGACCAAUCGUUCAAGCCCUAUGGAUAUGCAUGUGAUUUUAUCGCCAGUAUCAUCUCUCUCUGCAAAUACUCGAAUGAAUUUGGAUGUCAUUGGAAGAAGAAUGCUUGAACUUGCCAAACAAAAAUAUCUCAAUAUGCCCUCCACCGCCGAAAUUGAACGCGAACUACUACAGCAAUCACUAUCUUCCGUUAACGAGAUGACUAGUGCCUCAUUGCAAGCCGAUGCAGAUGAAAGCAAUGGUUAA